AAAAAAAAAAGGGCCGCUGUACAUCUUAUAACGUCGAUUCAAAAUCGACGCAAUAAAGUCGCUGCGAGUGAACCUCUUCUCUGUUUGCAUGAUCAUUGCGAUCCACAACAUUAUUUCUUCUCGAAAUACACAAAAACCAAAAAGCAAAAUUCCAAAGUAGACUUUUGCUUUUGCUUUAGCUCCGAUCAUCAUCAUCAUCAAUUCUGUCCACAAAAAUAGAGAUUAGAGAGAAAUCGAUCCAAAUCGAAUCAGAUCGAAUCGAAUCGACUCGACCGAUGUCGUUCUCGUUCUUCAAGCCGUCGAGGCCUAAAACCCCAGUCGAGGUCGCCAAGGCCAUCAAGGACUCCCUCACCGCCCUCGAUACCAAAACCGUCGUCGAAGUCAAAGCCCUCGAAAAGGCUCUGGAAGAAGUGGAGAAGAAUUUCGCGACAAUGAGGUGUAUGCUGAGCGGAGACGGCGAGAAUGAGCCGAAUGCUGAUCAAGUCACGCAGCUGGCUCAGGAGAUAUGUAAAGAGGAUGUGAUUUCUCUCUUGGUCCACAAGUUGCCUAUAUUGGGAUGGGAAACGCGGAAGGAUUUGGUGCAUUGCUGGUCUAUAUUGUUGAAGCAGAAGGUUGGCUCGGCGUAUUGCUGCCUGCAAUACAUUGAAAAUCAUUUGGAAUUACUAGAUUUUCUUGUCGUGUGCUAUGAUAGCAAGGAAAUUGCUUUGAAUUGUGGAAAUAUGUUGAGGGACUGCAUCAAAUUUCCAUCACUUGCAAAAUACAUAUUGGAGUCUGCAAGCUUUGAGUUGUUCUUUAAAUUUGUGGAGUUGCCUACUUUUGAUGUUGCUUCUGAUGCGUUUUCUACCUUUAAGGAUCUGCUUACUAAACACGAUACGAUGGUCUCUGAAUAUUUGACUGCUCAUUAUGAUGAGUUCUUUAAUUUAUAUGAGAAUCUCUUGACUUCUGCUAAUUAUGUGACAAGAAGGCAAUCCUUAAAGCUUCUCUCGGAUUUUCUUUUGGAGCCUCCAAAUUCCCAUAUAAUGAAGCGCUACAUUUUAGAAGUUCGGUACUUGAAAGUCAUGAUGACAUUGCUGAAGGAUUCAAGCAAAACUAUCCAGAUGUCUGCUUUCCACAUUUUCAAGGUUUUUGUUGCUAAUCCUAACAAGCCACGAGAAGUAAAGGUUAUUCUGGCAAAAAACCAUGAGAAGUUGCUGGAAUUGCUUCACAAUCUCUCUCCUGGAAAAGGUGCUGAAGAUGAGCAAUUUGAGGAGGAAAAGGAACUGAUCAUUAAGGAAAUUGAAAGAGUAUCUCGCUUGCCAAUACUUGAAAGCCAGGUCAUUUCUCCUAGUUGUUGAUUUUCAUUCUGUUCUGAUAUGCUUUUUGAGGUUUAACACUGAUUCUAUGUAAUGUCUCUCUGCAAACACUUUUUGCCAAGACCCAAAAAAGAUCAUGCGCUGAGUUGUAGAAUAUUAAUUAUCAAAAGAAGAGUUGUAGAAUUUCAAAUCACCUAGUAGAAGAGUAUGUAUCAAGAACUGAAUGCCUUUGUAAUCCACAAAGCAGCAGUGGAGGAUUAUGUACAAAAACUGUAUGUAUUUGUAAUCUCGUCGGUUCAAAAUGUACUGCUUUUUGUUGUAUUAGAGCACUUGAAGUAGUGGUGCUAAAAAGCUAAAAAGCUAUUUUUAGCACCAUUAAAAGGCUAUUCGGAGCUGCUGCAGUAGAGCUAUAGCCAAAAAUAUUGGCUUCUCAGUUAUAGUGUACAACUAAAAAAAAAAAAAUUAUUUUAUUUUGUGUUCACAUUGCUCUGGUUAUAAUAUUUCCGGUGUUUUUUUUU